AUGGCAUCAGAGUGUUAUGGUCUGGCAAUAGAUCAUGGAGAGAGUGCAACACUGUAUGCAAACAGGAGUGUUUGUAAACUGCUCAUGGGUGAUGGUGAAGGUGCUUUAUCAGAUGCUCUCAGGUGCAGAAUGCUGCGGCCUGAUUGGGCAAAAGCUUGCUACCCUCAAGCUGCAGCUCAUAUGCUACUCAAGGAGUAUAAGCAAGCCUGUGAUGCUCUCUUGGAUGCACAAAACCUGGAUCCUGGGAAUGCUGAGAUUGAACGUGAACUACGGAAGGCUAGGGAACUCAUGAAGAAUCCUCCUGCUGAAGGUGAGCAGUGA